UUGCUUUGCCGCAAUUGUUCUGAUAAUCAGGAUUUAUAUAUUGGAGGGAGAGAAGUAAUUUUAUAUUUGUUUCUAGUUGAGUCGACAGUUUACGGUUUACACUAUCUCGAAUCGCCAACUAGUGAAAGAUGAGUCUACCUGGACCUCUAACAAAUCUAUUUCGAAAAAUCGACGAAAAUAAAUUAAAGUACAUUGAAAACUUGCGAGAAGCUGUAGCCAUUAAAUCGGUAUCAGCUUGGCCUCAAAACCGCCCAGAUGUGAAACGGAUGAUCGAAUGGGCUGCUGACAAGCUCCGCGCCUUAGGAGCGACUGUGGAUAUUCGAGAUAUUGGUAGACAGAAACUAGACGAUGGUUCAGAAAUACCAUUACCACCAGUAUUGCUUGGUAAGACUAACAAUGUGAUUAAAAUAGAAAAAUCACAGGCACUUCUAGAUAUUGCCAUUAAAACUUACCUCAGAAUCUCUGAGUUCUCUUCACUUUAGAUUAGUCUGUAAAUG